AUUACAUAUGCCGUAAACACGACUUGAGCGACAUUCAGCAUUCAUGUAAACCGAGUUUUGUUCCGCAGUGUGUCCGGCUUGGUUUCUCCUUUUUGUUGCCGUGCAGAAUCUUUACCCGUAACGCUACCGACCUAUUCGUACACUGACCGAGCCAACGUCGUCUCAUAUCUAUGGCAGAUUUUCGUCUCGUCAAUCCAGAAGGUUGGGAAUACGAUCUUCAGUCUGUGUAUUCUGCCUACAUAGGUUACUUUCAGUUGCACAAUAUCCCAUGGUACGAUCGGACAUGGGGACAAUUCUUCGAGACGUUUGAGCAGUUUCUGGGAUUUUCAUGGCCUGUUAUUACUAUCACCGACUCAUGGACCGGCCGCGCGCACAUCGUAACCCGACUGACGACCGUCGGCGCGUUUAUCAAAAUGAUCAAGACUCGUUUCGGCGAGACUCUCCCAACACCCGAUAAUAUGCUCAAAGUCACGCACUUUGAGACGGCCCAACGACAUCUUCGGAACGUCGCAGACUGGGCGACAUACAAGAAACUGUACACGACGCUACCAGCAGUAGCGCUCGCAGCGUUUAAAACUCGGAUACGCGCUGGAGAGCCAAAUGCUAUCCGGGAAUUAUGGGCGAAGCGCGAUAAGACGUUUUUAGCGAUCGAUUUUGAGUGGAGCGAGAGGAAUCCAGCGACGUUUUUGGAAUGGGGGUAUGCGGCUGUUCGGUGCGGGCAUCUUGAUGCGGUUGGUGCAUGGCCUCCUGUGCCCGAGUCGAAUUAUCGGAAGGGCCAUUAUAUCAUCGGUGAUUACGUGGACAAGAUCGUCAACAAACAUUGUCCUACGUACCCCUGGCAGUAUGCUUGGGGCGAAAGCCAAAUAAUACCAAGAACAAAGUUACCGCAGGUCGUACAGUCUGUGAUCAGCAGCCUAGUAAGCCCAGACACGGAAACUACUGCCAACAGCCUCGUCCUCGUAGGACACGGCGUCAGUUCUGACAUCCAACGCCUCGAAGAGACUAAAAUUAAAAUCCCACACAACGUCCUCAUAAUCGACACCGCCUCCUUCGAACGCGCACUCUUCAACACCGGCGAACGAGGAACGAUGCACGACCCCAAAACAGGCAAACUCCGCGCCCAAGGCUCCACGCUCUCCUUAGGCGGGCUCUUACACUCCCUAGGGAUCGAUCCUCCAUGUGCGUUACAUAACGCGGGGAACGAUGCAUUUUUGUGUUUGCUUGCGUUGCAGAAGAUGUUAGAGCCUGCGACGGCUACGCCUGUGCCUGAUGCUGAUGCUCGGAGGAAGCCGAAAUCUGCGGGGUUGGGUACGGGUAUGUCGUUGCCGGUGGUGUUUAUGGGGCAUUUGACGGUGGAGGGUGGGGGAUAUUUGAAGUCACCUGGUGGAACAGGAUCGCCGAGGGUGAGGGAGCGUGAGCGUGGGGGGUUGGAGACGGAUGAGAUGGGUUUGGUGCGUAGGGUUUCGAAGUAUGGAAGCGCGUCUCCGCCUGGGACAGACAAGGAUAGGGAGAAGGAGAGAGAUGGGUGGGCAAGGUCUGGUAAGGGGGUGCGAUCGGUGACGAAGUGAUGCUGGUUGGUGUUCGUUGGACAACUUGAUACUUGAUACCUGAUACCUUGCCUCCUAAUUUUUUUGAGUAUGACGUUCCCCGUUGUUUCGUUUCGUUUCGUUCUGGGAUUUUUUUUGCUACUCGCCUGCACACGUACAGUAAAUCAGUAAUUCUUGUCUCGGACUUGUAGGACUCUAUUGUAUACAGUCAUGAUGCGUCACGGUAUAGGUACU